CCCCCCCCCCAUCUACCUCCACCAAACCCCGACCACCAACCCAGACCCGGCCGCGGCGCUUUCAGUCCAGUCGAGGAAGGAAGGAAGGGAUGCUGCUGAUGGCCGCGCCCGCCGCCGACGAGCGCCAGAAGCGGCCCCGGGGCCGGCCGCCCUGCGCCGAUCUGCUCCUCAACUGCGACCUGCCCCCUCCGGCCAAGCUCUUCGGCCCGUUCCCGCCGCUGCACAGGGAGUUAAGGGCGGACGAGAAGGGCGACGGCGGCAAGGACGUGCUGCUGCAGGCGCUGCGCCGGUCCCAGUCGCGGGCGCGGGAGGCGGAGGAGAAGCUGGCCGCCGCGGCCGCCAGCAGUGGAGGCCUCGCCGCGCUGCUCGUGCGGGACUCGGUGGCGCUCUCGGCGCACCGACGGUGGGUGAUGAUGCUGGAGGCCGAGAACUCCGCGCUCAGGGCAGGAGGAGGAGGAGGAGCCGCCGGCGCGGAGCCCGAGGAGGAGGAUGGCGCGGGGCACCGGGUGGCCGCCGCGUGGUGGGUCGCGCUGGCGGUGUGCGUCGGCCUCGCCCUCGGCAACCUCCUGCUCUGAAAACUGAAAACUCACCUCCUGCUGUGAAAACCGAAAUUAAUCAAUCAUCCUUGAUUUGAUUUUUGUAAAUCAAGCGCCCGUGUGUGUGUGUGAAAAUGUUCCUGCUAUCAUCGAUCGAUGCUUGGCAUGGGAACCCCGUGCUCUUGUUUGAAAAACAGAUGAAAUCAAGAGGGUUGGUGGAUUGGA